AGAAACAACAACAGCACACAUGGAAAUUACAAAAAAAAUGUCAGGUUGAGCAGCGCAAGAAGAUAGCGCCCAGAACCUUUUGAAUUAGACAAUUGAUGACGAAAUCGAGGCUAUUGUGUAAAUCAACACACAGCCGAGGAAUUUAGGAUGUGAUCCAUAUGAUUUUAUUUUCAUUCAAUUGCAUUGAAUUUGGAAAACGAAUGUUGAACUCCGUUUGGCCGAAUGAGACAAUGUUCAUAUUGGUCAAUGAUAUUGACAAUAGUAAAUAGGGGAAAAAGAGAGCAAUUAAACAAGCGGCGCUCAUCAAUACGGAUGCAUGAAGAACGAUAAAAAAAGCAGAAAAGUAUCGGCAAAUAUGUGCGUUGAAUCAGAGAUAGAGAGAAAUAGCGCGCGCGAGAAAAAAAGAUAUCAUUCGUACAUACAUUGUUACUUUUUGCGUAAAAUCUGUUCGUGUUUGUGCAUUCGGUUUGAUUUUUUCUUCGUCAGACUCUUAACGUGUAUUAAACGAGCGUAUUUGACUUUGGUGCCCACGGUGCAUUUUAAAGAAUAUACUUUUCAAUCAUUUCGGUCUUUCUUCUUCUUCUUCUUCUUCUUCGUGUUGCUGUUAUGUGCCGUAGGCAUUUUUAGUUUUCUCGCAUCAUAGUCGUCGUCGUGUGUAUGUUUUUGUUAUUUAGUAGUGCAAUUUUGUGUUGUACCUACCUCAUUCUAGUUACCUCAUUAAAACUUGUUUACCAUUAUUGAUCCACAUUUGAGUUGGACGUACGUACCGAUGGUUGUGUGUUUGUAGUGUGUGAUCGGUGUGUUUUUGGUGCUGAUGUGUUACAGUGGUGGCGGCAGCGGCCGCCGUUGCCGCCACCACCACCACCAUCAUCACGCUGCUGCUAAUGUUGCUAAAUGCAUAAUUUGCGUGCAGUACACACGCAAUAUCUUGCUCGCAACAUCAUUUUGUUAUGCGGCAUUUGCAUUUGGCAAAUUGCAAAUUUGCUUCUUUUCUUAUAAUUAGUUGGUAUCUUUGCUGUUUGCAAAGUGCCGCUAUUUUCCCUUUGAAAGAUCAUUACGCUCUUGCACAAUUUCUUUUGCUUGAAUGCACAUCAGCCACAUUGUACAUCGCAGUGCUGUCUAUCUCAGCUGCAAAAAAAUUGCUCGAGAGUGAGGUGUCGGUUUUAAAUUGACGGUUCACACUGAACAAAAUCCGCUUCCACACACACACAGUUGCAUCCGGAUGAAGUGACUGAAGAGAAUAUUUUGUACGAGUUUAAAUUGAAUUUAUGCGGCGCAGAUUUAUCAUUAUUAUAUAAAAAUGGAUCACACAAAUCAAAUUGAAUCUGCAUCUGAAUUUAUUCCAAAUCGACUGUAUUUGGUUGUAUUUAAAACGGAAUUGAUUCCAUUGAACACGAGUGCAAUUCAUUAUUUUUCUAUUGAUGAUGAGCUGGUGUAUGAGAGUUUUUUCAACGAUUUUGGACCUCUGAAUUUGUGUAUGCUGUAUCGUUAUUGUCAGAAAUUGAAUCGAAAAUUGGCGACCAAUUUACACUCGAAAAAGAAAAUUGUCCACUACACAACGAUCGAUCUGCAGAAGCAUUUGAAUUCGGCAUUUUUAAUCGGAGCUUAUUCGAUAAUCAAUUUGAAUCGAACACCCGAAGAAGCGUACGAAACAUUGAAUAAUGGGCCACCAUAUAUCCAGUUUUGCGAUGCAUCAUGCGGCUCGUCCAACUACACUAUUAGCCUAAUGGAUUGCUUGCAAGCGAUUUACAAGGCUCGUAAUGCUGGUUUCUUUGAUUUUAAUGACUUUGACGCCGAAGAAUAUGAGUAUUAUGAGCGAGUCGAAUAUGGUGACCUGAAUUGGAUUGUGCCGAAUAAGUUUGUUGCAUUUUGUGGUCCGCACAAUCGUUCCAAAAUCGAUAAUGGAUACCCAUGCCAUGCACCGGAAACAUACUUUAAUUAUUUUCGACAGAAUAAUGUCAGCACAAUUAUUCGGCUCAAUUUGAAAUUGUACAAUGCGUCACGGUUUUCCAAUGCCGGUUUUGAUCAUAAAGAGCUUUUCUUCACGGACGGCAGCAAACCGACCGAUUUAAUUCUGAAGAAUUUCCUACAAAUCUGCGAAGAAGCCAAAGGUGCUAUUGCCGUUCAUUGCAAAGCUGGCCUCGGACGAACUGGCAGCUUAAUUGGUGCCUACAUUAUGAAACAUUAUCGUUUCACUGCACUCGAAACCAUUGCUUGGUUGCGACUGUGCCGACCCGGCAGUGUGAUCGGACACCAACAACAGUGGCUAGAGGACAAGCAGAAUCAAUUGUGGGCAGAAGGUGUCGAAUUCUAUAAGGGGAAACCAUUUGGUAAAGCUGAACCGCACAUAUACGGCAUUUACAGUAUUAAACAGCGUGAACUAAAGUCGACGAAUGGCAACGGUCUUCAGAUCAACACCACUACUACCAUCACCACCAAAGAAAAUGCAAACGGACAAACGACAAAGCUGAGAGAUCGAGUGCAGAAUAUCUCCCAAAAAGUGGACACCAUGAAACUAAACGAUUCGAAUGGGACAACCAAAGUGACGGCUAUUUUGACUCGCGAUUUUCCACAUCGUGACGAGAAUAAAAAUACGACAACAAUGAUGGCAACGACAACGGUGAGCGGUGUUGGUGUGUCGACGAGACGAAAAGUAGCUACUACCGCAGCGGAUAUCGAUAACAAUAACGAUAAUUUUGAUAAGACUGCCGCGAAUCCGACCCAAGGUGAUACAUUGAAUAAAAUAAAAGCCAUGCGUCGACGACACACACGAUUGUCAACCAACAUCUCACCCGUUGCCGGAUUGAAAAAUGAAACAUCGACUGCAACAUCGGUGCAUCAGUCACAUCACGUGCGAGCACGGUCUCAACCAUUUCGUUCGCGUUCCAAUCUGGCUGCGACCACAUCAAACACGAAUGCCGUUACAUCACCGUCGUCAACACUCAGACCAGUCACUCUAACCAUGCAAAAUCGGAGCAGACUCGGCGAGGCACAAAUUGGCAGUGGUUCGAUGUCAACGAAAGCAGUUACCAACUCGCGUAAUUAUCGAAUUAAAGAGCAGCAGCAACAACAACAUUCAUCGAGUUGGGAGCCACAAUUCGCCGAUGUGAUUGAGAUGAGAAAAUCGGGUACAAUACAAAAUAACAACAACAACGAUCACACAUAUCCAACGGGCGAUACACUGAACUGUACCGGUUGUGGUUCGUCAAAGUGCAAUAAAGAUGACAUAAAUCGAUCUCGAUCAAUUUCGAUACAACGAAGUGUCAACAUACCGUGUGCUUCCGUACUGACACAUUCGCACUGCUUUGAUGAUCAUCCGGUGGCGAAAAGCCAACGUAGCCAUUUGCAUCGAAGCCGCUCGAAAACCGUUGCGACCAAUUUGUGUGAUAAUCUCUCGACCAUGUCCACGGUCGAUCCGUUACGAAUUUCCAAGCGAAAAACCAGUCAAGUUCGAUUGUGUUCACAUGCAAAUGUGUCGCCAUCACUUGAAACGGCCAAUCGUCGGGGUCCAUUCACCGAUGCCGAUGUGCUCAAUGGCAAUGUGUUGGACACAAGCGCGGCUUGCACCGAAAGAACAACCGUUACCACAAUAAUACCACGCAUCAUUUGCCGGAAUCGAAGUCGUACAUCGACAAAGUGCGCUCUAUCCCCAAUACCAUGCAGCAAAGCAAUCAGCGGUUGUAGCACCAUGGCCAGUACAUCAAUGAAACGUGGCAAACGAACACUAAGCAGCACCCAAAUUGAACGUGAAAAAUCCGAUGAGAAAAAUAUUAAACUAAAAAAACAUGCGGUGCUACGGUCACUGUCACCAAUACUGGUUGCGUCCAGUGCACGUAAUUCCAUUAAAAAAAUCAUCUCCACAUCAAAUACUAAAUGAUUUUAGUCAUAAGCCAGUCUCAUCUAAUAUGUAUUGAGAAAAUCCAUAUCGAACCUAUUUAACUACGUCGUCUUAUCGUAAAUCCCCUAACUUUUUCAACUUCAUUUUUCCAUGUUCGUCUUUUAGCGGUACACACACAAACACACACGAGAUAGACAACAUUUCAUCGCAUUUUCUUUUCUCUCCUUUCUCAAUCACAAAUUAUUCUCAAUUGAAAUGGGAAAUAAAAUACACAAUCUUAACAUUAGUGUCUAAGUCUGUCUAGCUUUAAUGUUUGAAUUACACUCACUCGCACAUAGAAAAUGGAAAUCGCGAGUGAUUUUGUUUUUUGUUUUUUGCAAAAUGUGUGCAAACUGAAAACCAAACUAUUGGCAUACGUGUACUUGAAAACGGUUUCUCGUAGUGCAACGCCAAACAAAUUGGUCUCUAUCUCUUAUCAUCAACUCUCUAAUUCAUACAUUCAUUCAUUUAAUCAGUUGCAUCUUUGGUUUUUAGUUGUUCUUUAUUAUUUUCAUAGCCAAUUUUGUGCUGGAAAUGAGUUGAUUUUGUGAUUGUUUUUAUUUUAUCUUUUUUCGUUCAAAUGGAUGUGCAAUUGAAAAAUAAGGUUGAUGCAAUUCGAAAUGUGCCGGACACGAAUUUUUACAGAAAACUUGUUCCUGUUUGUCUGAGAGUAUGUAGGGAAUACAGGCCUAAAUGGCCUAGCUCCAUUUAAAAAUGGUAUCGUUCAUUUAUUUAUGGUACACUGCAAACCCAUAACCAGGUCUAGCCAAAAAAUAUUGAGAAAAAUUACACAUACAAUUAGCAAAAACGAGAAUAUACAUUGUAUAUUUAUAUAUAGCAUAUACAGAUAACAUUCUUGCCAAUGAUAGGGAACGAGAUAUGUCGAGGCAGUUGAAGAAAAAAAAAACGGAACAAAAGAUGUGCAUAUUUAGCUUAAGAUGAAAUAGGAAAAAAAAUAUGGAAACUGUGUUGUGUAUGGAUUCACAAUACAAAAAUACAUACAAAUUCUAUAUAUAGUCCCUUUUGAAAGUGUCUCAGUGUCUCACACUAUAUCGAUUUUUUUUUUAUUAUUAUUUGUUUAUUUAUUUUUAUUUUGUUCGUAAUGUGUGCUCUCAUCCUAUUUAUUUAUCGUUUUUUUUUCUCUCGAAUGAGGAAACCAAAAACUCUUGCAAUACUAUUCAAUACAAUUUUAGAUGCAAUCUUUGUUUUUUUUUUGUUUUUUUUUUCUUUAAAUUAAUUUUAUAGUUUUCUUCUCGUCAUACAAAUUCAUCGAAUAUCAAUCAAUUCAAUUGAUUUUAUUUGAGAUUUGAAGAAUUGUUGUAAAAAAAUAAGGCUAAAUAUUCGUGAAGAA